AUGCCGGAGCCCGGGCCGGACGCCCCAAGCGCCGCCAGCGCGCAACCCCCGCCGCCGCCUCCCCAGCCGCCCGCGCCCAAGGAGUCCCCGUUUUCCAUCAAGAACUUGCUCAACGGAGACCAUCACCGGCCGCCCCCCAAGCCACAGCCGCCCCCACGGACGCUGUUCGCGCCGGCCUCGGCCGCCGCCGCCGCCGCGGCCAAGGGGGCCCUGGAGGGCGCCGCGGGCUUCGCGCUCUCGCAGGUGGGCGACCUGGCUUUCCCUCGCUUUGAGAUCCCGGCGCAGAGGUUUGCCUUGCCCGCGCACUACCUGGAGCGCUCCCCGGCCUGGUGGUACCCCUACACCCUGACCCCCGCCGGCGGCCUCCUCCCGCGACCCGAAGCUUCAGAGAAAAUCCUCCUGCGAGACUCCUCCCCUGCCUCGGGCACUGACCGCGACUCUCCGGAGCCGCUGCUCAAGGCCGACCCGGACCACAAGGAGCUGGAUUCCAAGAGCCCGGACGAGAUCAUUCUGGAGGAGAGCGACUUGGAGGAAGGCAAGAAGGAGGGCGAGGCGGCGCCGGGCGCAGCCGGGGCGGCCCUGGGCGCGGCGGCGGCGCCGGGCACGGAGGACUGGAAGAAGGGCGGCGAGAGCCCGGAGAAGAAGCCGGCGUGCCGCAAGAAGAAGACGCGCACGGUUUUCUCGCGCAGCCAGGUGUUCCAGCUGGAGUCCACCUUCGACAUGAAGCGCUACCUGAGCAGCUCGGAGCGCGCCGGCCUGGCCGCGUCGCUGCAUCUCACCGAGACGCAGGUCAAGAUCUGGUUCCAGAACCGCCGCAACAAGUGGAAGCGGCAGCUGGCUGCCGAGCUGGAGGCGGCCAACCUGAGCCACGCCGCGGCACAGCGCAUCGUGCGGGUGCCCAUCCUCUACCACGAGAACUCUGCGGCUGAGGGCGCGGCGGCCGCGGCGGCCGCGGGCGCCCCAGUGCCGGUCAGCCAGCCGCUGCUCACCUUCCCGCACCCGGUCUACUACUCGCACCCGGUGGUCUCGUCUGUGCCGCUCCUGCGGCCCGUCUGA